UUGGUCUUUUAAUAGUAUUCCGUUGGUAAGAUGCAGAAUAGAUAAAGCUACCACAAAUUGAAAACCACCAACCAACCGUUUAUCUUGGCUCUGAUUCAAUUGUCUAGUGUAUUUCUAUAGUAUAAAUUUAGCAUCGGCCCGGGUAUAUAGAGGUUAAUAAUCCUAUUGUGCGUAAGUCCCUCUUAAUCAUCAAAAAUACAUAACUAGCUGCACAGAAAAGAAGUGAAGAAUAAUAAUGGAAAUAUUAGAUGAUUAUUUUGAAAAAGGAUUCGUCCUUGUCGUUGCUGAUCUUCUCAGUAUGAUAACAGUAGCUUCUUGUUUGUUUAUCAAAGUUCCUCAAAUCAAAACAAUCAAUGAAAACAAAUCAUCUCAAGGAAUCAGUGUAUUCGGAUUAUGCCUUGAAUUGUAUAGCUACUCUGUGAUGAUGGCAUACAAUUAUAGAAGUGGCUAUGAUUUCCUCUCUUAUAUGGAAUACCCGAUCUUGUUACUCCAGGAAUAUGUCCUUGUCUAUUAUGUUUUCAAGUAUCAAAAUCUUUUAGGAAGAAAAACACUUAUUGUCACUGUUCUCUACUCGAUAUUAGCUUACUUAGUUUAUUUGAAAUUAAUGCCGUUGGUGGUGUUGGCCUUUUUGGUGCCCUUCUGUACUCCGAUUGGAGCCACCAGUAAAGUCUUACAACUAGUGGCUAUAUUAAGAUCAAAAGAUUCACGAUCGGUUAGUUUGACAACGUGGGGGCUUUCGGCAUUCACUAAUCUGACUCGAGUGUAUACGGUGUUUGUCCAAUCGGCCGAUCCCAUGUUGCUAGCUAACUUCAUGAUAUCAGUGUUUUUGAGCUCCUCAGUAUUUGUGGCAGCUUACGUUUACAAAAAGCCAAAAACAACUUAAACACAAGAAUUAGGCGAAAAAAUUCUAUUCCUUCGAAAUAAUUUUUUAAUUUAUUUAACUUAAUUUAUUUUCGCAUGCAAAAGUUGUUUACAUAGAAAAAAAGCUCAAAUAUGUUUUCGAUGUUUAUAGUAAUUGUUAAAUACUAAUUUAAAAACUAAAAAAAGACAAAUUUUAAUUCUAUUUUAUUCUUAUAAAUAAAAAUAAAAGAUUAGCACUGCAGCUACUACAAUAGCAGCUGCACUGCCAAUCAGCAAUUUCA